GGAAUGUUACUGGGAAGAUUUGAAGGGAAUGUUUCCCAGAUAUGUGAGCAGGGCGAGAUCUGUAAGAGUCAACAUAGCCCAGAUAGGUGGCUGGGAAACCAUCCAGAGAAGGGACAAGGUAAAUUCCGUCACAGGAGCAGAGAGGUGAAAAGAAACAUAGAAACCAUUCAACAGAAAAUCCUCUAUGAACAAACACCCUCCAUGUAUAAUGACUGUGCCACUCUUACUGAACACCAGAGAAUCUACACAAGGGAGAAAUGCUUCAGCUGCUCUGAGUGUGGGAAAGGUUUUGGUAGAAGCUCACACCUUUCUAGACAUAAGAGAACCCAUACAAGAGAGAAACCAUUCAACUGCUCUGAUUGUGGGAAGAGCUUCAGUAGACGCGCGCAUCUUGUUACUCAUAAGAGAGUCCACACAGGGGAGAAACCCUUUUAUUGCUCUGACUGUGGGAAAAGUUUUAGUAGGCGCUCACAUCUUUGUAGACAUCAAAGAACCCACACAACAGAGUCAUGUUUCAACUCCUCUGGCUGUGGGAAAGACUUCAGUGAGAGAUCAGACCUUGUUAGACUGAAGAGAAUCCACACAGGGGAGAAACCCUUCAACUGCCCUGACUGUGGGAAAAGCUUCAGUAGGAGCUCAUAUCUUGUUACACAUAAGAGAACCCAUACAGGUGAGAAACCCUUCAGUUGCUCUGAUUGUGGGAAAAGCUUCAGUGAAAGAUCAGUCCUUGUUAGACACAGGAGAAUCCACACAGGGGAGAAACCCUUCAGCUGCUCUGAGUGUGGGAAGAGCUUUCGUGGGCACUCACAUCUUGUUAUACAUAAGAGAAUCCACACAAGAGAGAAACCUUUCAACUGCUCUGACUGUGGAAAGAGCUUCAGUAGGCACACAAAUCUUGUUACACAUAAGAGAGUCCACACAGGGGAGAAACCCUUUUUUUGUUCUGACUGUGGGAAAAAUUUUAGUAGGAGCUCACAUCUUUGUAGGCAUCAGAGAACCCACAUGACAGAGCCAUAUUUCAACUCUGACUAUAGGAAAUGCUUCAGUGAGAGAUCAGAGCUGCUCUGACUGUGGCAAAAGCUUCAGUUUGAAAUCACAUCUUAAUAUACAUCGGACAAUGCACACAGGAAAGAAAACUUUCAACUGAUUUUAGGAAGAGCUUCUGAUUUUAGGAAGAGCUUCAGUAGUUGCUCAAAUCUUGUUACACAUAAGAGAAUCCAUACAGAGGCGAAACCCUUUGAUUGUUCUGACUGUGGGAAAAGCUUUGGGGAGAGAUCAGGCCUUGUUAAACAUUAAAGAAUUCAGAGGGGAAAACACCAUGACUGUGGGAAAACCUUGAUUUACCACUCAAAUUUCAACAAUCAUAUAUAUAGUAGCCCAAUGUCUGUGACUCUGUAACACUGAAAUGCUUCUUGUUCCCUCUGGGUGGCGCUGUUGCUUCCCUGGCUGUUCCUU